CCGCCGCAACAACCACCGCCCGCCGUUUCUCUCACUCCACCCUUUUGGCGCAUUGGACUAUUUCGGUUGGAAAAGCUGGCGCGGGGCAAAGAAAACCAACCGCCGAGUGCUAUGGCGCCUGCCGCGAAGAAUGGGACACCAGGACGCCGCAAGAAGACGGGUCAGCAGUACUUCGAUGUGGGCAAAGUUGGACGGAGAACGGGCAUCACAUUGCAAGACACUGGGCUUAGAGAUGAGCAUGGACUUGAGCCUGUCUCUGGCAUAUUCUCUUCGCCGACUUCCCCAGAGCAAAAUGGCAGCAGGACAAUUCUCACCAGCGAGGGCAUGGACGUAGAGGAUAGCUCAGCACCCGACGUAACGACAACACUAGGCAAGCGCAAAACACCUCGACUACCUCCCGCGCGACAAUCGCCGCUGAAACGAACCAGCAUUGGAGGCUCACCGCGCCGAAUGAGUUCAGUGCGCCCGCAGUCUCGACCUGGUAUCUCAGAAGAGCCUGCAAGCUCUCCUCGCGACGGCAGAGAACCCGCAGUAAAUCGCAAGCUUCAGUUCGAGACUGUCAACCGCAAUCGAAAGAGCAUCCAUGUCGCAGACGCCCAAAGUCCUUUCAAGCCACGGCACAAGCUACGAAGAUCGACUGGCCCAGGCAGACCAGAUGUUUAUGAGUACGAGGACGAUGUCGAUGAAGUCCGCGCUACUUCUGUUGAACCACCGAACGGCAUCAUUGGCGAGGACGAAAGUGUGGAGCAGUCAAUCGAGGAAGACGAUGAUCAACAUCUAAUGUUCGACGAUGAAGUGCCUGAGGCAAUAGAGCCAGAGCGAACAGCUAUCAGUAUUCAUGAAGCUGAUGAGGGUUCGAAGCGGAAGCGAGGACGACCACGAAAAUCAGACCAAUCCAAUACGAGCCAACUACCUCUUUCGCCUGCUGUGGCAUCACCCUCGGGCUCGAAACGUCCACGGACAAGUCUGAACAGCGCGCAAGUAGAAGAAGAACAGCUGAGCCGGCCUUCGAAAAAGAAGCGCACAUCUAACAUUGCAGUACAUCACGAAGAUGCCGAAGUGGAGGCCGGGCCAUCUACUAUUCGGUACGAAGACGAAUAUUUGGCGACCGGCGAUGACGAUGAGCAUCACCAACCUCUCCUGGAUUCUCAAUUACACACGCAGCCAGAGCCCGAGAACGAUGCGGAGCCGGCGAGGAAGGGUAAAGGGAAGGGCAAAGGCAAGAAAGGAAAGUCGGCCGCGUUGAAAGAAAGCGAUUCGAAUCGUGCAAUUCAGCGCAAUGGAAGCCCCGUCCGGCCUAGUGGCUCACCAGCUAAAGGCCGUGGUGCGAGUAUGGGUCCUGUUAGCAAUGUCAACCUACGAGCGCACACGCCCGCUGCCGAUGCGCACGAACAGACUUCGCGUUCAGGGAGAAAUCUCAUUCAGCCCCUGAAAUUCUGGGAAAACGAAGGCCGGAUAUGGAGAAAUGGCGAAAUCGAGGGCAUCAUCCGAGCUGAACCUGUUCAGGUGUCAAGACCACGAGCUAAAAAGAGAAAGAAGAGCCGCAAGCAUGGUAGUCGACUGCGGGAUAUCGAAGAGGAAAGUGAAACAGAGUCCACUGUGCCUGAUGAAUGGGAAGAACUAGCCGGCGUGAUUACCGGGAAUGUUGCCAAUUGGAACACGGAGACGAACGCAGGAGACCCAGAAGACCCCAUCCAGGAAGACCUUGCUUUUGCGGCAUCUUCGAUCGUGACGAAAGAUGUCCCUGGCUCCGAUUUCAGAUAUGCCAAGAUCAUGACCCUACCAUUCUUCGGCGCUGGCGUAGUCGAGCUACCGCCGGAAGGCUUCAAGCGCGCCAAGAACAGCCGAAAGAUGCAGAUGGUGUUCUUCGUGCACGAAGGUAAAAUUAUGGUUGAAGUUGGCGCCACUGGGAUGGAGGUCAACCAGUUUGCAAUCAGCAAGGGUGGAUGUUGGGUCGUUCCUCGAGGUAAGCCUAUUCUCUUCUCUUUCUCUCUCACUCUUGCACAAAAAUCCCGGAAACCAUGGCAGUGACACGCCAAUACUUGAUUCCUGCUCCGCCCUGCUGCGAAUAUCCCGGACCACAUGGCAGCGAUCCGCAAACGUUCAAUAUCUGGAAUCGCCAACUGGUCUGCUGGACAGUGGUGCCAAGCCCUCAAACUGCUGGAAUUGACUGCAGUGACAAGCGGAAAUCAUGGCCCUUAGACCAACGAAGAGCUCGCUACAGGACGCUCGCUAGACUGCUCGCUUGACUGAAUGACAAGAAGACACAACACAUGUGGGGCUGCGAUCUCUCCGAACAAUAGGCCCCACACUCGGCUGGGCUUCGGCCUCGCAUUGAAUCGUCAGCAAACAACUCCCAGCCGACAUUCUUGGUUCAGACUGCCUCGAUCCCGGAUGGCGGUCAGCUCACCGCAAGGACGACCAUACAAUUGUAUUGUUGUCGAGGACUUUGCAGCUGCAGCUUCCCCGUGUCGCCGUCCGAGAGCCGCGCUUAGCUCUCGAUAUCAUGGCGGUGUGUGUGUGUGCAACGGACGCUGUCAGAAUAACGCUCAGUGGUACAAGCACACAGCGCGAGCUGCUGCCCAACCCAA